AUGUACAUCGACCCCCCCACGCUCUUUAUGGAUGCGCAGACCGGCGCCACGAACGUUCAGGACACGAAGCCAGACGCUGUCAUCGUCAGCCCCGGCGGCUUCGUCGACGCCGACAACCACCGCGUCGCGUUUCGCCGCUUUCGCGUGCUGGACGACCCGAGCAAGGUGGAGAACUGGUCCCAUGUCUGCGCGUGCCUCGUCAGCGGCGAGAGGUCGGAGCUCAAGGGCUGGUUCCCGCAGGAGGCCGACCCACGCGCGACGGAGCCAGCGAAGCUCUUCAGUCGGCUCUGCGCCUUUUUGCCAUACUUCGAGGAGGACACCGUCCCGCCGCGGUGCAGGAGUGGCACGUGA